AAGAGAGAUAAUCGCAGGCAUAACAUCACAUGCAUCACACACACUCUCAAGGAAUUUCUCUUCAGGCGACCUCUUUUCUUUUUUCCCCUCCUUUGCUCCUCCCCCUCUUUUCACUUUGCACUUUUAAUUUAUUCUUUCUCUCUAUUCCUCUCCUCCCUCAGUAUCCCUCUCUCUAACAUCUCUCUCUCUGAUCAGCUUCACCUGAAUUAUAGAUGCUGAAGCUGGGUGAAGGCUGCGUACAGGCAUCUAUAGCUUUUCAUCUUUUUUAUCCCUCUUUCUGGCUUUGUCUCGCUCGCUCAUCACUCUCUCACAUUCUGCUUCCCUCCUUCCCACCUGUUAAUCCUGGUCUGUCUGGCGCGAGGUUCCUGCUGUUUAUGAGAACUUUUACUCUCAGGCUUUCUCACAGCUAGAUGACGGUGCAGAAAGGCAAGCGGAUGGGCAUCUCCAUCCAGGAGCACAUGGCCAUCAACGUCUGCCCAGGCCCUAUUCGGCCAAUCAGACAAAUCUCCGCCUACUUUCCCCGCCUCUCUCCUACGUCCUCGUUUUCGGAUUCGCUGUCGCCCAACCAGCUGACCUUCCCGUCUACAGCUCCCCCAGCUGGAGGGGGGAGCUCUGGGGGAGGGGGGCUUCUGUCCCCCCUGUCUCCGGGGGCAACCGGAGGCGGAGGGACGCUGUCCGUCAUGAGUAGCAUGGACACAUCCGUGGAGAUCGACAGCUGCGACAGCGAUGACAACACAUCUUUAGGAACGCUGGAGUUUGAUGUGCUCUAUGAGUCAGCCACAAGUUCCCUACACUGCACCGUCCUCAAAGCCAAGGGUUUGAAGCCCAUGGACUUUAACGGCUUGGCUGACCCUUAUGUGAAGCUACACCUGCUCCCUGGAGCUUGCAAGGCCAACAAAUUGAAGACUAAGAUUGUGAAGAACACCCUCAAUCCUGUCUGGAACGAGACUCUUACCUACUGUGGCAUCACAGAAGAGGACAUGUACAGAAAAACACUCAGGGUGUCGGUGUGCGAUGAGGACAAGCUGACGCAUAAUGAGUUCAUUGGGGAGUCGAGGGUGGCCCUGCGUCGAGUGAAGCCUGACCAACCCAAGCACUUCAACGUCUGCCUGGAACACCCGCCCCCUCUGGCAUCUCCCACUGCUAUGAGCACAGCACUCAGAGGGAUCUCCUGCUACGUCAGAGAGUGGGAGUCGGAGCAGCAGCGGAGUUUGGAGGAGCGGGGUCGUUUGCUGCUGUGCUUACAGUUCCUUCCCCCGGCUCAGAACCAUGAGGGUGGGGAGGUCCCUGCCGAGACCAAGGAGAAAGCCAAGGGAGGCCUGUGUGUGGGGGUCCGACGCUGCGCUCACCUGGCUGCCAUGGACGUCAAUGGCUUCUCUGACCCCUACGUCAAAACGUACCUCAAACCAGACGUGAAGAAGAAAUCCAAACACAAGACGGCUGUGAUUAAAAAAACACUAAACCCUGAGUUUAAUGAGGAGUUUUUUUAUGAGAUUACAUUCAACGAGCUGGCAACCAAGACCCUGGAGGUUACAGUGUGGGACUAUGAUCUGGGGAAAUCCAAUGACUUCAUUGGGGGUGUGUCUCUGGGCUGUCAUUCGCAGGGCGACGCCCUCCAACACUGGAUAGACUGUCUGAAGAACAAGGGCACAAAGGUGGAGCGCUGGCACACACUGACCAACGAUCUGCCAGGAUCAGGCUUCCAGGAGUGAAGGAGCCGCCGCUGAGGGCCCACUCCCCGCCGGCCUGUUUCAUUAUCACCGGACCGUCUCCAGCCGAAUGGUCAUCCACCUUAAAUUAGCAGCCGAUGAGUGUUGGUGACUAGCGUGCGGCUACGCUGUACGAGUUCCGCCAAUGGGAAUUGCGCCGAAAUGUUUUCUCAAGUGGAGGAACUUCUUUUUGAGAACAGUUUCCAUAAUAUUUAUUCAGAAUCACUCAAAUCUUCUUAAUCUCUGGGUUUUAUUCACAGCUAGGCUUUUUAUAUCUGUUCCGCUCCACCACCUUGUUCAUUUCGCAGCGACACGCCUCUCAAAUGCAAUUAGCUAUUGUUUUAUGAAGGUUAAUGGAACUGCUGCAUAAUCUAGAAUGGUUUAUUCUAGGGUUAUUGUAUUAUACCAAACAUACACAAAUGAGUUUUAAAUCAGGGCAGCUUUGGGAAGUAUUAGAUUUAAAAAGCCAUCAUAUUUUGGUUUCAGUGCAAUAACUUCCCAAGUUUUUGGUUGCAAUAAGGCAAUGCUUCCUUCGAAUUCUGACAGAAGUGGUCUUAAGUCGAAAUGUGCAGUGUUAAGGAAUCGCCAUUAAACUGCUUGCUGUUGUGGUGAA